ACUGCAGUGGUGAUGUAUUUCGUUGCAACACGGGAAAAUGCCUAAAUUAUACCUUUGUUUGUGAUGGAUAUGAUGACUGUGGAGAUCUUAGCGAUGAACAGAACUGUGAUUGUAAUCCAGUGACACAUCAUCAGUGCGGAGAUGGGAGAUGUAUAACAGCUGAUUGGGUAUGUGAUGGUGACCAUGACUGUAUAGACAAAUCAGAUGAAAUCAAUUGCUCGUGUCAUAGUCAAGGUCUGGUGGAGUGCAGAAAUGGGCAGUGCAUUCCCAGUGCAUUCCAGUGUGAUGGAGAUAAUGACUGUAAAGAUGGAAGUGAUGAAGAAAACUGCAGUGAAAGUCAAACCCUCUGUCAGGAGGGAGAUCAGAGAUGUACUUCCUGUCCUGAUCCCUGUGGAACUUCUCUCUGUGAGAUGAGAAACAGCCAGACAAACUGCAGUCAGUGUGAACCAAUUACUCUGGAACUCUGUAUGAACUUGCCUUACAACUAUACUUAUUACCCAAACUACCUGGGCCACAGGACGCAGAAGGAAGCCUCUAUCAGCUGGGAGUCUUCUCUUUUCCCAGCCUUGGUUCAAACCAACUGCUACAAGUACCUUAUGUUUUUUGCCUGUACAAUCUUAGUACCAAAAUGUGACCCCCAUACAAAUCAGCGGAUCCCACCUUGCAGGACAUUAUGUGUACAGUCUAAGGAACGCUGUGAGUCUGUGCUUGGGAUUGUAGGUCUGCAGUGGCCAGAAGAUACUGACUGCACUCAGUUUCCAGAUGAGAACUCAGACAACCUAACUUGUCUAACACCAGAUGAAGAUGUAGAAGAAUGCUCACCCAGUCACUUCAAGUGCCGUUCGGGGAGGUGUGUCCUGGCAUCCAGAAGAUGUGAUGGUCAAGCUGACUGUGAGGAUGAUAGUGAUGAGGACAGCUGUGGUUGUAGAGAAAGGGAUCUUUGGGAGUGUCCUUUGAAGAAGCUGUGCAUCAAACACACUAUGAUCUGUGAUGGUUUCCCAGACUGCCCUGACAUGAUGGAUGAAAAGAACUGCUCAUUUUGUGAAGAGAGUGAACUUGAAUGUGCCAACCAUGAAUGUGUGCCACGUGAGCUCUGGUGUGAUGGGCAAGCAGACUGCAGUGACAGCUCAGAUGAAUGGGACUGUGUUACCCUGUCUAAAAACAUGAAUUCCUUGAUGUUCCUGAUCGUUCACAGGUCAGCUGCUGAUAACCACGUUUGUGCUGAUGAGUGGCAAGAAGAUUUAAGCCAGCUGGCCUGCAAUCAGAUGGGUUUAGGAGGACCAUCCAAAACAGAAAUUGUAAUAGAGAAUGAGGAAAUGCAGCAUCAAAAAUGGCUGAAUCUGCACUCAGACUGGAAGAAUAAAAAUGCAUCCACUUUACACGCACUUCUAGUGAAUGGACAGAUGUGUCGAAGCAGAAGCAAAGUGGCUCUCUUUUGCACUAAAGAAGACUGUGGCCGUCGCCCGGCUGCUCGCAUGAACAAGCGGAUCCUUGGUGGCAGGACCAGUCGCCCGGGCCGAUGGCCGUGGCAAUGCUCCCUGCAGAGUGAGCCAAGCGGACACAUAUGUGGCUGUGUUUUGAUUGCAAAGAGAUGGGUCUUGACAGUAGCACACUGCUUUGAAGGGAGAGAGAAUGCAGCUGUUUGGAAAGUAGUGUUUGGGAUUAGCAACCUUGACCACCCAUCGGGCUUCAUGCAGACCCGGCUAGUGAAGACCAUUAUCCUCCACCCGCGCUACAACAGAGCAGUCGUAGACUAUGAUAUCAGCAUUGUGGAACUAGAUGAGGAUAUCAACGAGACAAGCUAUGUAAGACCUGUCUGUCUGCCCAGCAGGGACCAGCUGGUUCGGCCAGAUACCUACUGCUACAUCACAGGCUGGGGACACAUGGGCAACAAAAUGCCUUUCAAGCUUCAAGAAGGAGAAGUUCGCAUCAUUUCCUUAGAACAAUGCCAGUCAUACUUUGACAUGAAAACCAUCACCAGCAGGAUGCUGUGCGCUGGCUACGAGUCUGGCACUGUGGACUCUUGCAUGGGUGACAGUGGAGGGCCGCUUGUGUGUGAGCAACCAGCAGGGCGCUGGACUUUGUUUGGUUUAACGUCUUGGGGCUCCGUCUGCUUUUCCAAGGUUUUGGGACCUGGAGUUUACAGUAAUGUGUCACAUUUUAUUGAGUGGAUUGAAAGACAAAUAUACAUCCACACCUUUCUGCUAAACUAA